AUAAGGAUUUAGUGUCACAACAAUGGCAGCACCCAUUCUCCAAUUAACCUCACUUUCUCCGACAAAACCCAACACAGAAACACCAAGAUAUGAAGCUACACUUGCACUUGAACCUUUACCUUACCUGCUUUCUCUCAUACCCAAAUGCACCUCUCUCAGAGAGCUCAAGCAAAUUCAAGCUUACACCAUCAAGAGCCACCUUCAAAAUGAUGUCAAUGUUCUCACCAAGGUCAUAAAUUUCUGCACUUCUAACCCCACAACAGCUUCCAUGGACCAUGCCCACCGUGCGUUCGACCAAAUUACUCAACCAGACAUAGUCCUUUUCAACACCAUGGCACGUGGGUAUGCUCGCUUCGAUGACCCACUUAGAGCAAUCCUGAUGUUUUCUCAAGUGUUUUGCUCUGGCCUCCUUCCAGAUGAUUACACCUUCUCCUCCCUCCUCAAGGCUUGUGCAAGGGUUAAGGCCUUGCAGGAAGGUAAGCAACUGCAUUGUCUUUCUGUCAAACUUGGGUUCAGUGAUAACAUAUACGUGUGCCCAACACUCAUAAACAUGUACACUGCCUGUAAGGACAUAGAUGCUCCUAGAAGGGUCUUUGAUAAGAUUGAUGAACCUUGUGUUGUUUCAUAUAAUGCAAUCAUUACAAGUUAUGCUCGGAAUAGUCAGCCCAAUGAGGCCUUAGCUUUGUUCAGAGAAUUGCAGGAAACUGGUCUUAAACCAACUGAUGUCACGAUGCUUGUUGUGCUUUCGUCUUGUGCUUUGCUAGGAUCAUUGGACUUAGGGAGGUGGAUACAUGAGUAUGUUAAGAAGAACGGGUUAGAUCAAUAUGUAAAGGUAAAUACUGCACUUAUAGAUAUGUAUGCUAAAUGUGGGAGUUUGGAUGAUGCGGUUUCUGUAUUUAGGGAGAUGCCUAGGAGAGACACACAGGCGUGGUCAGCGAUGAUUGUUGCCUAUGCAACACAUGGGCAUGGUUCCCAAGCCAUAUCUAUGUUGGAAGAGAUGAAGAAGGGAAAAGUGAAGCCUGAUGAGAUAACUUUUUUAGGUAUAUUGUAUGCAUGCAGUCACAAUGGAUUGGUAGAGGAAGGUUUUGAGUAUUUCCAUAGUAUGACUCAUGAGUAUGGAAUUGUUCCUAGUAUCAAGCAUUAUGGGUGUAUGGUGGAUUUGCUUGGUCGAGCUGGACGCUUGGGUGCAGCCUAUAAAUUCAUAGAUGAAUUACCAAUUAAGCCAACUCCAAUUCUGUGGCGGACAUUGCUAUCUGCCUGUAGCAGUCAGGGCAAUGUUGAAAUGGGAAAGCAAGUAAUUCAGAGAAUCUUUGAACUGGAUGAUUCCCAUGGUGGGGAUUAUGUUAUUUUGUCAAAUCUGUAUGCAAGAGCAGGAAGAUGGGAUGAUGUGAAUUAUUUAAGGAAAAUGAUGAUAGACAAAGGAGCAGUAAAAAUUCCUGGCUGUAGCUCUAUAGAGGUCAACAAUGUUGUGCAUGAAUUCUUCUCUGGGGAAGGAGUUCAUUCAACUUCCACAAUAUUGCACCAUGCCCUUGAUGAGUUGGUAAAGGAAUUGAAGCUGGCUGGGUAUGUAGCUGACACAUCUCUAGUCUUUCAUGCAGACAUUGAAGAUGAAGAGAAAGAAAUUAUUCUUAGAUAUCACAGUGAGAAAUUGGCCAUUACUUUUGGGCUUCUGAAUACACCCCCUGGAACAACAAUUCGUGUGGUCAAGAACCUUAGAGUCUGUGGGGACUGUCAUAAUGCUGCUAAAUUUAUAUCAUUGAUCUUUGGCAGGCAGAUUAUUCUCAGAGAUGUUCAGCGAUUUCAUCAUUUCAAAGAUGGGAAAUGCUCCUGUGGGGAUUACUGGUAGAGGAAUUUGUUGAGCCAAUAUUCGAUUUUCUCACAAAUAAAUAAAUAAAAAUGGUCUAUUUAUUGCUACAUACGUAAUUGCUAUUAUUUGUGUUUGAAAUAGCCACUAUAUGCAGCCCGGAAGAAGAAAGGUUUGUUCCUGUAAUUUUUGUAAUGUAUCAAAUUCAGAUAACUAGUAAACAGUUACAUGUACAUGUUGGUAUAUAUUAUUACCUUGGAAGGUUCAGGUUAAUUGUCAUGUAAUAUAA